AUGCUGGCGCACAGUGGUUCAUUGGAAAAACUGUCUACUUCCCGUGUAGUUUCAGAGAAGCGGUGCAGUGUGUCUAACACCCCAGUAUCCCAUGCUCAGCUGGCUUGCACUACACAAUACUGUGCCUUUCCAAUAAAUGGGAAUGAGCUUUGCAUCUGGAACACAAUGAAUCAUAAUGAACAGGCCGUCCAUUUGAAAGGUCAUCAUCAACCAAUCACAGCAGUUGCAAUAAGACAUGGUUUUAGUCCAUGCCUUGCCUGUUCAGGAUCACAUGAUUAUGUCAUUGUAUGGAACCUAGAUGAGAGCAAAGCAACUAUAUUAAGAGGACUCCUCCCUCGAGGUACUGUCAUUGGUACACUUCUAGGAGAGGUAUUCCAUUUAGCAUUCAGUCCUGAUGGCAAGAUGGUGUUAGCAUGUGCUGGAAAUAAAAUAUUCAUUCUCCAUAAAGAGCAUGAAGAGAUACUAUAUGAAUUAUCAGGGCACUUGGGUCCUGUGACUGCAGCUGAGUUUUGUACUUGGCAAGAAAACUUGCUUGUUUCUAUAUCUGAAGACAGAACAUUUAAGGUUUGGGAUUAUCACACUGAAUCACCGGUUUAUCAGUCUGCUGUUUUAUCAGCCUUUCCUCUCCUCAGAAUGUACAUUGAUGCAGAAAAUAAGCAUUUAAUUACUGGUUGUGUUGAUGGGCAGUUGAGAAUUUUUAGUUUGGAGAAGGAGCUCCAGUUCCGGUGUGGCCAUAUUGAUCUUCAGAAAGAGAAACUCAAAUUCCUCAAUAAAAAUGAAAAAGCAAGAAAGACUGAAAAAUCAGGUAAUAUUUCAACUCUGAAAUCAAUGGGCUCUCUACUGGAUGCAGUAACUCUGCAGCUGGUAAGUAAAGUAGCCGAAAUGAAGUUUGAAUCCUGCAAAACCUCUGACAAUACAAAGUCAAAAGAAACUAUGGAACCUGGCAUUCCUGUAUUACAUAUCCAGAAGUAUGAACAGCCCUUUCAGGAAAGUGGAAUUUCCCUGCUUGGAAUUUCCAGAUAUUUAUGGAUAGGAAGCUCUGGUUCUCUGAUUUUAACAAAUACAGCUAAUUCUGAAGCGGAAGCUGUAUUAGAUUUUAAAGAUUAUGAUGACCUCAGCAUUCAUGUAGCUGGUUCAUGCUCAGUGACAGUUAAUGUGGGCACUAAGGUUUUCUGUUUACUUACGUCAAUGUUUGGAAACCAAGUUUCACUUCUGGAAUUCAAAACCGAUAUUCUAAUGAAAUGCCAACAGUCUUCCAGAUCACUUAUGGACAUAUCCAUCGUUUCCAGCUGCCCUCUGCAAUCAACAUCUCCGCUGUACUUUGACGUCACCAAGAAGCCGGGCACUGUAAAGACAAGUGGUCUAAAGAACACUGUGAAAGACAAACCUCUUGUUUUUCAUAACAAAGUGAAGUCCUCUGGCUAUUCUACAGCACCUAGAAUCAAGAUGUUUUCUCCAAAAACAAAUGUCAAGAAAACUAGUGACCCACCUAAAAUAGAAAAAAACCUCACCAGUGGAAUAAGAAAAGACUACCCAUCAAAUACUUUAGUUCCAAAUAUUCUUCAGAAACAAAUAUCUGUAGCUAACAAACCAACAUCUAUUUCUUCCAUUCAGUAUUCAGGAGAUGGUCUGAAAAUUGCCUGUGGGUUAUCUGAGAAAUCUUUAUUAGUGUACAGUUCCAAGCUUACUGGGGAACCAAUUGUUUUUACAGGUCAUGAUGGUGCAAUUAAUGGACUAGGCUGGAGUCAUAACAGAAACUGGUUGGUUUCAUCUGCUGAUGACAGAACAGUCAGAAUCUGGAAUGCCAAGAAUGCAGAGUCACCAUUAGUCUUGGGGAAGGAAAUGUUUUUGAAGCCUGUUCGUUUCCCUCAGUUUUAUUACAUGGAUACGUUUAUUCUGUUGUCGUCUGGAGCAGAAUUUCAACUUCUAACAUAUUCUCUGGAUACUUGCAAAGAUGAAAUAAAAAGAUAUAAGCAAAAAAGCACCUAUAAGACGAUUCAGAAGUUCCAUUUGGACUCAGCAGUCGAGAUUACUGGACUUUCAGCAGUGAACGACUUUUAUUCUUAUAUUGUUGUUGCUGGUGGAAGUAAUCGUACAUUAGAAGUUUUUGAUCUCAAUGUUGGAUGCAGUGUGGCAGUGGCUCCUGAUGCCCAUUCAAGAGCAGUUCACCAAAUCUGCCAAAAUCAGGGUUCUGCAUUCAGCACUCAGCAACCAGAAGCCUACAAUCUUUUCAUGACUACUGCCAUUGGAGAUGGAGUAAAAUUGUGGGAUGUACGAACUAUGCGGUGUGUUCGCCGUUUUGAUGGUCACAUUAAUCGUUGUCAGCCAUGUGGAGUGGCUAUCAGCCCCUGUGGAAGAUUCAUAGCAUGUGGAUCUGAAGACAGAUGUGCAUACAUAUAUGAGAUUGGCUCCAGUACUUAUAUGCAGAAACUCCCAGGGCAUAGCGAAUCCGUCAUAUGCGUAGCAUUCAAUCCUUCUUUGUCACAGCUAACCACUGCAACAUUGGACGGAAGAAUACGAACGUUUGUUUCUUGAUUGGACUACACCAAUAUAAAAAUUAUCAUUCAAUAGAAUAUUGUUACCAGCCGAAAAAUAAAAUACCCAUCGACUUAUAUAAGAAACUCCAAGAGGGGGAUUGAACGCCCCUUUUUCACUAAAACACCUUAGUCUCGCCUCCGUCUUCCCCAUACACCCCCAAUUUCUACCCCUUCACCCUUCCCUACACCUCCCAUUCUAGUAUAACACAGAAGAUGUUGAAGCAUAGGAGAUAUUUGAUUUUACAUCAUCUUCUACUUGAUUGAGAACCGAACCAGUUUGUUUCAGUAAUUGUUUAUUGUUAUUUAUAGUUACUUUAUUGGCAACAUAUGCCACUCUGUAUGGACUCAAAUCAGGACAUAAUCUAACAGCCACAUUUACUUGUCAGCCUGUACUAUGCACCGCAUGAUAUUAUCUGCUUUGAUUGUGUCUGUUUUGUAACAUUUGUUAAUAAAA